AUGUACCCCAAGACCAAUGUUGGUAUUCUCUUUUCCGGGUUCACCUUAUUUUACCAUCCUGUCCUCGUCUACUGUCGUGAGCUCCCAAAGCAACAUGUCUGUAAGGAGGAGGAGGUUCUCUCUGACCAGCAGCUCUGUAUUCAGGAGAGGAACUCCAGUCUGGACCAAGAGGACCCAGAGCCUCCACAGAUUAAAGAGGAACAGGAGGAACCCUGCACCAGUCAGGAGGGAGAGCAGCUUGAACUGAAGCAGGAGACUGAGACCUUUGUGUUGACUCCUAGUGAUGAGGAAAGUGACCACAGUGAAGAUCAGACUCUGUACAUGAGUAGCGAUGAAAAUCAGAGCGUGGUGGAAGAAACACCUCUAGGCUACACUUCAGUUGAAAGCUCUGUAGUACCGGAACCAAACGAGGACCACCAGCUCCUCUCACACAACUCUCAUGCAGAUAAAAGCCAAGAUCAGAAAGGAGGUGAGCAUGGAUACUCUGAAUCCACUAGUAAUGCAGAGCCAAAACCGUUACUCCAGUGCGACACAUGUGCGAAAGAAUUCAAGUUUAAGUCUAAUUUUUACAGACAUCUGAAAACACACACAGGUGAGAAGCUACAUUCUUGCAACGUAUGUGGGAAACGAUUCAGUCAGAAAGCAACAUUGAAACUUCAUAUGAAGAUCCACACAGGUGAGAACAUGAAGCCAUAUUCUUGCAAAACAUGUGGAAAAGAUUUUCGACGUAAUAGUAACUUGGUGGUCCACAUGAGAACACACACAGGUGAAAAGCCAUAUUCUUGCGAAACCUGUGGAAAAGAUUUUCGACAUAGCAGUGUCUUAUUGGUUCACACGAGAAGAGCCCACAAGGGGGAGAAACCGUUCAUCUGCAAGGCCUGCGGGAACAGAUACUUAGCUGCGUUUCAAUUGGCAAGGCAUGUAAGAUGGCAUACAGACAAGUAGCCUUGUAGUUGGAAGAUACAUGGGAGCUCACUCAGUUCUUGAGUUCAUAAUUCCUGCAAAUGUUUGACCAAUUUGAUUUUUCUUUUGGUUUUAGAAUUGGUAUAUACUUCAGUAAUAUGAGUGGAUUGUGAACACAGAUGUUUAGGCUGAGAAACACUCUCUCUGUAUUGUUGAGUCAGUUAUGUUGUCAUCAUUACAAUGAGACAACUUUUCUUUUUUUGUCUACAAUGUGUCAUUUAUUUAAUAUUUUUAUGUUGUUUUGGAUUUUAUAGGUGGCACAGAAAUAAAAUUGUAGAUGGAGUGCUACAUUGU